GUAGUUCCUAAUCAAAUGCAACUAAACAACACACAUUAAGGUUGUAAACUCACACUUAAAGCAAAGCAAUCGAGAAUCAUGAGUCAAGAACCGCCACAAAAACCACGAGCAGAUCAAUUCCCCGAGCAACAACCAAUCAAAUACGGCGAUGUUUUCAACGUCUCCGGAGAAUUAGCAUCCCAACCAAUCAAACCAAGAGAUGCAGCUCUCAUGCAGGCAAAAGAGAAUCAAGCCUUAGGACAAACCCAAAAGGGAAGUCCUGCCGCAGUCAUGCAAUCAGCAGCCGCAGUAAACACCGCAACCGGUCUUGUCCACCGCGACGACAUCUCAGACAUAGCCAGAAACCAAGGCGUGAGCAUCUCCGAAACUAAAGUGGGUGGGAACCGCGUGAUCACUGAGUCGAUUGGGUCACAAGUUGUAGGAGAGUUCGUUGAGCCUGAUGUGCCAAUGAAUGAUCCUGGUUUGGUUUUGGACAAGAAUGCAAUAACCAUUGGCGAGGCGCUGGAAGCUUCUGCUUUAACUCGAGCUGGUGAUAAGCCGUUGGAUCAGAGCGAUGCUGCUGCUAUACAAGCAGCAGAAAUGAGAGCCACCGGAAAGAAUCAAACUGAGCCUGGAGGGUUGGGAGCCAUUGCUCAGUCAGCAGCAACUCGUAACACACGUACUAUGCCUGAUCUGCAGAAAACAACAUUAGCUGAUGUCGUAUCGGGUGCGAGGGAGAAGCUGGGGGCAGACAAAGCUGUAACUCGAGAGGACGCGGAGGGAGUGAUGGGAGCUGAGCUUAGAAAUAAAGCUGACAUGAGAACUACACCGGGCGGUGUGGCUGGGUCGAUGGCAGCAGCGGCUACGCUCAAUCAAAAAACGUCAGAGUUUCUAAGAUUUUAUUCAUAAUAUUAGUUUUGAAUUUGUUUAGUUUUUGCCAUGGAAUGGCUUAAGAUAGCAAAUAUGUGCAGGAAGAGUGGGUGAUAUGUUGUAGAGAUAGAUAUUACAAGUUGUUAAGGUUGCAGAUCAAUCAUGGUGUCUAAACAAAUCAAUGAAGACUGGGUUUAAAGACUGAGCGUUUGUAAAACUAAACUAGCCUUACUGCCACCAUGCUUUACUUGGAAAGAAAGUUACCUUUCCUUUUGUAGAGGUUUUUUGGUAAAUAAUAGUUUAUUCUACUAUAUGUACAUAUUUAGCUUGUGAUUACUUGGGUGAAUAUUCGUUUAAAUGAAGAGGUGUGUUAUUCCUA